AAUUUUAAAAUAAAUGAAAUAUUUCUUAGGCCGGGAAAAAGCCCUCUCAGAAAAGCAUUUCAGUAUUUAUUUACAAGGAAACCAAAUCAAUUACGUCAUUUAUCUUUAAUAUAUGUUGAUUGAUGACUCAUUAACUGCGUUUGUUAAGCCAAUGUAUAAAACCAUUGGGGGUUUAAGAAUAACAUCGAAUCACGAAUCACGAAUCACUCUCUCUUUCUCUCUCUCUCUCUCUCACAGGCACACACAAACUAGGGUUUAAAGAGAGAGAAGGAUCAGUGAUAUAAACCAAGUAGCUGUAUGUAUUUACUCUAGUAUUGCUGUUCCUGACAGUCUCUACUUGCGAUAAUGGCUUUCUGGGGGAUAGAGGUAAAACCGGGAAAGCCAGUCACUCAUUCAUGUGAAAAAGCUAGGGGAAGGCUUCGAAUUUCGCUGGCGAGUCUCGGAAGUAGUGGAGCUGCAAAGAAAACAAUCGUUCAGUGUAAUGUGGGAAACACAACUCCAAUCUUACUGUGUUCGUUGCUGCCAAACAAAAUAGAGACACUCAAUGUAGGUUUGGAGUUUGACGAAGCAGAUGAUGUUGUUUUCUCUGUUAUUGGUCCCCGAAGCGUUUACCUCAGUGGUUAUUAUGUCCUUCAAUGUCAACGGUCAAAUGUGCAGAGUGAUACAGAAUCGUAUGGUGUGGAUAUUGAAAACUCUGAGACAGAUGGAUCUAAUUACAAUAGCGAUGAUGGUGAUGAUAAAUACGAGGACAGUUUUAUUGAUGACGAUGGAACACAAGUUUGUCCAAAUUAUCAUGGCAAAGGAAUAGAUGAGCCGAAGCGCAGAAAGGGUAAUGGUGAACAAGUUAAGAAGAAAUGGCCAUUUGUUGACUCAGAUAAUGAAGCUAAUUCAGAUGAAGAUGAAGAUGAAGAUGAAGAUGCCGAUGCCUACAUUUUAUCUUCAUAUAGUAAAGGAGCUGUGAAGGCAAGUCUAUUUGAUUCUGAAGAAGAAUUUGCUAAGAUAAUUGUAGAAACGGGGGAUGAGGCAAACAUUGAUGGUGCAUGUGCUACUGAAUCAAAUCAGAAGGUUGAUCCUUUAGAUAUCAAUGACAAUCUAGAGAGAGAGACGAAGAUACCAUUGGAUGAAGAAGAAUGGGUUGAGGCCAAGGAAGUGGAGACUCGAGAGGAAAAUAUUGUUUCAAAUGAGCAGGUUUUAACUGGCGAAGCAACUCUUGGAAACAAUGUAACGAACCCCACCAUGAACCAGAAUUCGCUUAUGAACGAUGAGAUGCAAUCCCCUGAUCUGUUUGAGAUCUGUGAAAUACCAAAAAACAAAAGAAAACGACCAUCAGCCGAGGCAUGCCAAGUUCAGACAGGUUACGAGGAUUCCACUGAGAAAGAGCAUCAAUUCGAAGCCUCCAGUGACGUGGAAACUGGUACAAAUUCUGUGGAUGGUCAAAAAUCAAGGAAGAAAAGGAAUGUAGUAGAGUGCACACAAGGACUUGACGAGAAAUGUCAGGAUAUUCCUGAAAAUGAUAAUAAACACGACCAGGGUUUAGUACAACAUGCUGACAGUGUGAUACAAAAAGAUGUUCCGAUAUUAAAUGUUGAAUCUGAGGAACAGCGUAGCUUAGAAGAAACCUCUGCAGAAUGUCCUGAUAUACCGAAAGAGGAUAAUCUUGAAGAAGGUGUUCUAAGACAUGCUGACAUCAUCAUCAACGAUCAGCCAGCAGCACCAAAUGAAGAGUUUCAGGAACAACGGAUUGAUACCAAUGCCGGCACAAGUCAAUCUGAGAAGAUGACUAAGAAAAAGAGGAAGAAAAGUAAAACUCGGAGGGACUCGAACACGAAUGUGACUAAGAUGACGGAUAAUGAAGAGACAACAAAUGCAGUGUCGAUUCAAAAGAGGACCUUAUCAAAUGGGUUGAUUAUUGAAGAGUUGGCAAGUGGAUCACGUAAGGGAAAAGUAGCUACUCCUGGUAAAAAGGUCAAAUUUUAUUACACUGGCAUGGUGAAGGAGAGUGGGUUUGUUUUUGACUCAUAUGAUAAAAGGCCUUUCAAGUUUCGAUUAGGUAAUGAAGAAUUUAUUGAUGGAUGGAAUUUUGGCAUUGACGGUAUGCGUGUUGGUGAUAAAAGGAGGCUGAUAAUCCCGCCUUCUUUGGGUUUUGGGGAUUAUAGAAUGGGAGAGAAUAUUCCGCCUAACUCGUGGCUUGUGUACGAUAUUGAGUUGGUUAGUGUCCGUAAAUAACCUCUUCUGGUUUAAUUUUUUGUCCUGGAAGAAAUGGGGUCUGAAGCUUUAUGGUCCAGCUCAAAAUAUAGAAGCAGAACCUCUUUUUGUUUUUUUGUUUUUGGUUUUUUUGGCUUUGAUCUAAAGAUAUCAAUGGUGCAAGUAUAUAUAUGGAACUUGGAUAUCUGUAAAAUGCUAUCAAUGCCCCUGUAAAAAGGUUCAUGCGAUUGACACUGCAUUUCUGUUACACUGCUGAUGUGGCAAAAUUCGCCAUUGUUGAGUCCCAUGAGUAGUUGAAAGAUGGAAUUUUAUCAUUUGUUUUUGAAG